UGGAAAGUCCCUUCGUUUUGCCCACUAUUUUAGUGACUGUCAAACGUGAAGUCACUCUCCGCGGAAGAAGGCUGUGCAGUCCACUUUUGCGUGGCCCGGAGCGGACCUCGCAGCCGGGGUCUCUGAGCGGCGCUCCCGGGCUGCGCCGGCGGCCCGAGCGCGCAGCGAGUGCUGGAGCCGGGCUCCGCUCGGGCUGGGACUCGUGCAGAGCGGCGCUGCGCGGCGCGGCCGCCGGCCCACGGAGGGCGCGCGCGGAGCGGUAGGGCGCACCCGAGAGCCGCCUGACUCGCCGCGGCGGAGCUUUCCAGUUCCCGAGCGAGGCCAGCAGCGGGCCCCGCCGCCGCUCCGCCCUAUGGCGAGGCUGCGAGACUGCCUGCCCCGCCUGACGAGAGCGAUCCGGUGCCUGCUCUUCUGGUCCCUAGUCUACUGCUACAGCGGGCUCUGCGCUUCUGUCCAUCUCCUCAAACUUUUGUGGAGCAUCGGCAAGGGACCCGCACAGACCUUCCGGCGGGUGGCCCGGGAACACCCUCCCGCUUGCCUCAACGACCCCUCUCUGGGCACCCACUGCUACGUGCGCAUAAAGGAUUCAGGGUUAAGAUUUCACUAUGUCGCUGCUGGGGAAAGAGGCAAGCCACUCAUGCUGCUGCUUCAUGGAUUUCCAGAAUUCUGGUAUUCUUGGCGUCAUCAACUGAGGGAAUUUAAAAGGGAAUAUAGAGUUGUUGCACUGGAUUUGAGAGGCUAUGGAGAAACAGAUGCUCCCAGUCAUCGAGAGAAUUAUAAAUUAGACUGUCUAAUUACAGAUAUAAAGGAUAUUUUAGACUCUUUAGGGUAUAGCAAAUGUGUUCUGAUUGGCCAUGACUGGGGGGGCAUGAUUGCUUGGCUAAUUGCCAUCUGUUAUCCUGAAAUGGUGAUGAAGCUUAUUGUUAUUAACUUCCCUCAUCCAAAUGUAUUUACAGAAUAUAUUUUACAACACCCUGCCCAGCUAUUCAAAUCCAGCUAUUACUAUUUCUUCCAAAUACCACAGUUUCCAGAAUUUAUGUUCUCAAUAAAUGAUUUCAAGACUUUGAAACAUCUCUUUACCAGUCAGAGCACUGGCAUUGGAAGAAAAGGAUGUCAAUUAACAACAGAAGAUCUUGAAGCUUAUAUUUAUGUCUUUUCUCAGCCUGGAGCAUUAAGUGGUCCAAUUAACCAUUACCGAAAUAUUUUCAGCUGCCUGCCUCUCAAGCAUCACAUGGUAACCACUCCAACAUUGCUAUUGUGGGGAGAAAAAGAUGCAUUCAUGGAGGUUGAGAUGGCUGAAGUCACAAAGAUGUAUGUUAAGAACUAUUUCAGAUUGACUAUUUUGUCAGAAGCCAGUCAUUGGCUUCAGCAAGACCAGCCUGACAUAGUGAACAAAUUGAUAUGGACAUUUCUAAAAGAAGAAACAAGAAAAAAAGACUGAGUUUUCUUCAUCUUCCACAUGGGGUCUGUAAUGAAAUCUCUAAUUUUAUUCAUCUUAUGUUUUGUUAGGGGAAAAAUCUGUUUUACUAUAUUUGAUUAUAAAUAAAUAUUCUGAAAAUGGUAUUGAAAACAUGUGAAUGUGUGAACAUGUGAUAUGUUGAUUUUCAUCUGAUUUUCAUUUUGAACAGAUCUGCCUUUGAAAGUAUCUGCCUUAAAAUAUAUGGGCCAGGGGUCUGGGGAUAUAGCUCAGCGGCAUAAGCGCCUGCCUUGCAAGCAGGCAGUCGUCAGUUCAAUCCCUGGUACCAAUAAAAAGGAAAAAGACCAAAAAAAAAAAAAAAAAAAACUAUAUAUAUAUAUAUGGGCCAGGAUAUAGCUCAGCAGCACAGUGCCUGCCUGGCAAGUGUGAGGCCAUGAGUUCAGUUCCUGGUAUCUGAACAAAUAAAUAAAUGUAUAUAAGUUGGAGAA